GUGACUGCCUAUACCAUAAAGGAAAGGGAAACAAUUCUCUUUCCAAAUUAGCCGCAACCUUCUAAACUACAAAAUGGGUAAACCCGCAGGAUUGAACGCCGCUCGUAAGCUCCGUACUCACCGUCGUGAAGAGCGUUGGGCUGAUGCUCACUACAAGAAGCGCUUGUUAGGUACUGCCUUCAAGUCUUCUCCUUUCGGUGGUUCUUCUCACGCCAAGGGUAUCGUCGUCGAAAAGAUUGGUGUUGAAGCCAAGCAACCCAACUCUGCCAUUCGUAAGUGCGUUCGUGUCCAAUUGAUUAAGAACGGUAAGAAGGUUACCGCUUUCGUUCCCAACGACGGUUGUCUUAACUUUGUUGACGAGAACGACGAAGUCUUGCUUUCUGGUUUCGGUCGUAAGGGUAAGGCUAAGGGUGAUAUUCCCGGUGUCCGUUUCAAGGUCGUCAAGGUCGCUGGUGUCGGUCUUGCUGCCCUCUUCCACGAAAAGAAGGAGAAGCCUAGAGCUUAAAAUCAUUAAUAUAUAAAGGUGAUUUGCUUAUUUUGAGGUGUAUGAUGUGUUGAAAAAGGAUAAAACUAUGGAAAUGUAUUUUGAACGGUGCUAAAGUGUAAGAUGUAGUUUGAAGUAGCCCUACUUUG